AAAAAUUUUCUCAACCAUUCAUUCAUAUUUCGGCUAAGCAAGAACAUUAAAAAUUUAAAAGUUUACAUUAAAAAAAUCCUCUUCCAUUUGAAGAACGCCCAACCCAGGAUGUGCGAUCGCUGCUACAACAAUAAAAAUGGCUCGUCUACUUCCGCUUGCCAGAAUGGCUAUUGUAAUACAUGUUGUCCUAAUGGUUAUUGCAGCCGUACAUGCACACCACAAGGUCCAAAACCAGAUCCAACGGCCUGGACUGGCCCUAACCAGUCGUUUAGCCGUGAAUCGCAGUCAAAUUGGGUACAACACCAACGUUGGGCGUGACUAACAUCCCGGCUGAGGCAAUCGCAAAAAUUAUACGAGAUCGAAAAGCAGAAGCCAACGAAACUAUUAGUCUUGCAGUCGGAAUGUAGUCUCCCGCAAAUUUCAGCGAAGAUCAUAAUUGCGCCAGAAAGUGAUCCACCACCGCGGGUGAUGCUUAUGCCAAACGAUUCGAAGGAGUCCUUGGUCUUCAGACAGGAUUCCAGCGAGGAUUUGAAGAAACCUACAAAGCUUAUGAUCAUACCAUCUAGAGUUUUGGAGACGAGUAAAACCCUUAAGCAUCUAGAUGAGGGUACAAAACUGGCGCUGGACUUUACACGAUCUAUAGCGUGCAGAUUUCCAACGCUCAUGAACAAGUGGAAAGUCCAUUUCUUAUUAUCUAGCGAGCUAGCCGAUGCUGUGCGUAUGGAUCCUGGCAAAUUUCAUCGGCCACAUUACACUUCCGCUGUUAGUCACGAAAGUCGGUACAGCGCGAAAAAGAAGUCUCCAUCACAUUCGCAAAGAAAUUCAAUGCUGAUGCCGAACAGUCUGCCCUGCAGCCAGCUUCGAAAGGGUCUACAAAAAAUUGUUAAUGACUUUAAGAUAGUUCACAAGAAUGCUUGAAAAAAUAAAACUCACACCUCAGCCAUAGAGGAAGAAAA